GGUUCCAGUAGUCUUCUUCCCACGUCCAGCCAGUGAGCUCGUCAACGCUCAACGGACACCGCCGGGCGGCGGCGGAGCUGUGCGCGGCCUGGCAUCAUCGACUACAGCGCCUGCAACGAGGGCCGACAGCCGGCGCGGCAAAAUGAGAAAAAGAAAGAAAGAAAGAGAUCCUCUCAGUCGCGGGGAGCAGUAAGGAAGCAGUCCACGACCAAAUAAGAUGGAGCUGGUGGUGAGUGCCUCCACUGGGGCGAUGAAGACGCUGCUCCCCAAGCUGGCUGAGAUGCUCACCGACCAGUACAAUCUUCACAAGAGUGUCAGGGAGGACAUAGAGUCCCUGCAGAAGGAGCUGGAGGGCAUGCACGGUGCCCUCGAGAAGGUGUCCAUGGUGCCGGCAGAUCAUCUUGACAGCCAGGUCAAGAUCUGGGCAAACGAGGUGCGUGAACUGUCCUAUGAUAUCGAGGAUGCUGUCGACUCAUUCAUGGUGCGUGUUGAUGAUGGCAGCGAUGAGCCCAAAAAGUCACAUGGGUUCAAGAAAUUCAUCAAGAAGAUCAGAGCGUUGUUCCCAACAGCCAAGGCCCAGUAUGACAUCGGGGCUAUGAUUCAAAAGAUCAAGAAGGAAGUGCGGGAGGUUGGCGAGCGGCGUUACAGGUAUAUGUUGCCGGGUGCUAGUACAAACACAGUGGUGAUGGAUGUUAGAACUCCGGCGAGGAGGACGACACACACGAAGAACACAGAGGACACGAUGAGUUUGGUGCUGUAAGCGACAGCUUUU